AUGGCCGGCAAUUCUGAUCCUCAUGGCUCGGCAUUUUCAGCAGCCGAGAUGGAGUUCCUUGCCGAGGAUGAAUUGGUGGAGAUUGUCCCAAAUAUGAGAAUGGAUCCUAUCAAUUUAAUCUGUGGGGAUUUUGGUCCUUUCCGUCCACAAAUAGCUACCCAAGUACCUCUGUGGCUGGCGGUGGCUUUGAAGAAGAGAGGAAAAUGCACGAUUCGGCCUCCGGAGUGGAUGUCUGUGGACAAGCUAACUCAGCUUUUGGAAGCAGAGCGGGACACUGAAAGAGUUUUUCAACCACUACCAUUCCAUUAUGUAGAAAUCUCAAGGCUUCUUUUUGACCAUGCUCGUGACGACAUUCCUGAUAUAUAUAUGGUGAAGUCCCUUAUUGAGGACAUCAAAGAUGUAAGGUUUCACAAAAUUGGGACUGGCUUGGAGACCAUAUCUGGAAGGACAAACGCAGUGAAGCUUUCAAAUCUGUCAGCAAUGGAAGUAAAUAUAGUACGCCCAUUUCUUGCCGGUGCUCUACAGACAUUUUAUAAGCUUCAUAAUCCAGAGAUGGUUCCAGAAUCAGAAAGAAGGGGCAGUAGACGACCCCAAGGAGCAGACCGUGGGGCAAGACGGACAUUGAAACCUAGAUAGCCACAUUCACUCUGCGAUGAUGAUAGAUUAUCAUCUUUUAAGAUCACUUCUACAUUUGUGCUAGAGGUAGCGAUUUCAGCGUGCUAGCAAGGAAGGUACUG